CGAACCGGAAAGCGAACGCGCGCCUGUUUUUGCCCCGGGUUUGAGACAGAGAUACACUUAGCUUACCGAACUGCAGAAAGUUAACGAUUUUUUGUGCAUAUAGGUUAGAAAAUUGGAAAUACAAAAACACAAGUCUACUCGAAUAGAUAUUUUUUUGUAGUUUUGCUUUUACAUCUGUGAAGAAACAUGCCUCCCAAGGACUACUUCGCUGAGAAGGAGAAGUGCAAAAAGUUCCUUCAGGAGUUUUACACUGAGGAUGAGUCUGGGAAGAAGGUUUUCAAAUAUGGAGCCCAACUGGUGUCCCUGGCACACCGAGAGCAGGUAGCCCUGCAUUUGGAUCUGGACGAUGUAGCGGAGGAAGAUCCUGAGUUGGUCGAGAGCAUCUGUGAAAAUACCAAGCGCUAUGUAGGCCUCUUUGCAGAUGCUGUGCAUGAGCUGUUGCCUGAGUACAGGCAGAAGGAGGUGGUGGCAAAGGACUCUCUUGAUGUGUACAUUGAACAUCGUCUAAUGAUGGAGGAAAGGAGUCGUGACCCAAGUGACAUGCGUGACCGUAGGAAUCAAUACCCAGCUGAGCUCAUGAGGAGAUUUGAGUUGUACUUCCGUCCCCCAAGUACAGCUAAGCCACGUGUGUUAAGGGAUGUGCGUGCAGAAAGCAUAGGGCAGCUUGUCACUGUGCGCGGUAUCGUAACCCGUGCCACCGAGGUCAAGCCAAUGAUGGCCGUUGCUACCUACACUUGUGACCAGUGUGGUGCAGAGACCUAUCAGCCAAUCCAGUCUCCCUCCUUCAUGCCUCUCAUCAUGUGCCCUAGCCAGGAGUGUGUGACCAACAAGUCUGGGGGUCGUCUGUAUCUCCAGACUCGAGGGUCAAAGUUUGUCAAAUUCCAGGAGCUGCGCAUACAGGAACAUAGUGACCAGGUCCCGGUGGGACACAUCCCUCGCAGCAUGACUAUCUACGCACGUGGUGAGAACACAAGAGUGGCUCAGCCAGGAGACCAUGUGGCUGUGUGUGGUGUCUUCCUCCCUCUACUGCGCACAGGCUUCAGGCAGGCCGUACAGGGACUGUUGUCAGAUACCUAUCUGGAGGCCCAUUGCAUCACUCUAUUGAACAAGACUGAGGAUGAUGAGCUGGGAGCACAGGAACUGAGUGAGGAGGAGCUGCGGCAGAUCACAGAAGAGAAUUUCUAUGAGAAGCUGGCAGGGUCAAUUGCCCCUGAGAUCUAUGGCCACGAGGAUGUGAAGAAGGCACUGCUGCUGCUGUUGGUCGGUGGGGUGCAACAGGCCCCCAAAGGCAUGAAGAUCAGGGGCAACAUCAACAUUUGUCUGAUGGGUGACCCAGGUGUGGCAAAGUCCCAGCUACUCUGCUACAUUGACCGCCUCGCCCCUCGCAGUCAGUAUACAACAGGACGUGGUUCUUCUGGUGUGGGGUUGACUGCUGCUGUGAUGCGUGACCCCCUCACCGGGGAAAUGACCCUCGAGGGUGGAGCACUGGUGCUGGCUGACUUGGGUGUGUGCUGUAUUGAUGAGUUUGACAAGAUGGCUGACGCUGACCGCACCGCCAUCCAUGAGGUCAUGGAACAGCAGACAAUCUCCAUCGCCAAGGCAGGUAUUAUGACGUCCCUGAACGCACGCUGCUCCAUUCUAGCUGCGGCCAACCCUGCUUACGGACGCUAUAAUCCCCGCAAGAGCGUGGAACAGAACAUCCAGCUGCCGGCUGCGCUCCUGUCUCGCUUUGACCUACUGUGGCUGAUUCAGGACCGGCCCGACCCGGACGCUGACCUGAGGCUUGCCCAGCACAUCACUUAUGUGCACCAGCACUGCCGCCAGCCGCCUACACACUUCACACCUAUCGAUAUGAAGCUCAUGAGACGCUAUAUUGCCCUGUGCCAGCGGCGGCAACCAGUGGUGCCUGAGUCACUGGCCAAUUAUAUCACAGCAGCGUAUGUGGAGAUGAGAAAGGAGGCACGUGUCAACAAGGACACUACCUUCACUUCUGCCCGCACACUGCUUUCCAUUCUGCGCCUCUCCACAGCCCUGGCCCGCUUGCGCCUUGUGGACACAGUAGAGAAGGAGGAUGUAAAUGAAGCCAUGAGACUCAUGGAGAUGUCCAAGGAUUCACUGCAGGCUGACAAGUCCAGCAGCACCAGGACCCAGCGGCCGGCAGAUGUCAUCUUCUCCCUUGUGCGGGAGCUGGCAAGCGAGGGAGUCGCUGGGCGUGGCAGGGGUGGGGCAGGCGGUGUGGUCCGAUUGGCAGACGCAGAACAGAGGUGUGUGUCGCGCGGCUUCACCCCUGCCCAGUUCCAGGCUGCGCUAGAUGAGUACGAAGAGUUGAAUGUGUGGCAGAUCAACCAGGCGCGCACCAGGAUCACAUUUGUCUAGAGGCUCAUGGGAACCAAGCCCCAUACAGGAAUAUGUGGGAAAAGUCAGGUGACCUGCAUCUGGUUUUUAAACAACUUCAAGUAGCAUGAUUGUGCGGAGAGUGGGCAUGUUGAUAAAUGUAGAUCUGCAAUGGAAAGAGAAAUAUAUUUGCCUGUACCAACAUACUACCAAGGCUGUACGUUAGGAGUUAUUCAUACAAGCCAUUUCAAAAAUAUUUAGAGUAGCGAGUUUCAUUCUGAAGCAGGCUGUUUAUGUAAAAAAUGAGAACACGUUUGUGGCAGGCCAAGUCAU